AGGAGCAAGAAGAGGAGGCGGGCGGGCACGGGACUGGACAUGACUGCCCAGCGCAAGCGGUCAAAGCUCAAGUCUGUCAGCGACGUGCCCGUACAGAGGAAGCGGGCGCCGGCCGUGGGCGAAUCUCCGCGGGCCCGCUCCAUGGACACGGGCCUGGGGCACAGUCAAGACAUGACCCUGGCCACCCCCGUUGCCCCCGUGGUAUUUGUGCCGUCCAAGGCGUUCAUCGUGGAAGAAGACCACAACCCCUUCAAGUGCCCACACCACGGCUGCAACAAGGACUUCCGCAAGGAGAACCUGCUGGCCUACCACAUCAAGUACUACCACUCGGACGCCAACAGCGACGGCAGCAACAGCACUGCGGCUACAACAGCCGGGACAGCGACCACAACAACAGCAUCUUCGUCGUCGUUGUCGUCAGCCACUGCGACAACAACAGCGGUUGGGGUGGGGACGAGCAGCCCCCACGGGGGACCGAUGGCCUCGCAGUCGUUGCAACCUCGGUCCGGGGGCGGCGGCGCGGGUUCCUCGAUACAGUCGCCCGUGCCCACGCCGCACACGAGGAAACGACGGAAGAAGACCAGUAGUAUUUGCUCGACAGACUCGGACAUCUCGGUGUCCUCCAAGGGGAAGUCAUCGGGCAAACGGCGGCGACACGACUCGGAGAUCUCCGUCACCACAGCUAGCCCGGACGUAGUGGCCAGGGACACGUGGGCAGACGUGCGUCCCCGAGGGAGCCAGGAAGAACCUGCGACAGGAGCGACGGCGGACACAGAGGAGGAGGAGGGGGAGGCGGACGUGGUCAACUGUGUGUGUGGCAUGAGGGAGACCAGUGGACUCAUGAUACAGUAUCCUUCUUGA